UCAGUAGUUUUUGAGAUGUAAUUUGAGUUAUAAAUCUUAUCAAGUGACAUUGGUGAUUGUGUUAAAUAAACACUAUAUUGAUAAGAACUUUUGCGGAGUUCUAGAGUUUAUUGAAUAUCAUUUAAAAUGAUUUCUUCUUGUGUUGUUAGUUUAUUGAAUAAGCCGAGUUUAUUUUUGAACGGAAGUCGUCGCUUACAUUUAUUAAAUAAAAAUGCUUACAUUAAUGGACAAUGGGUGAGUGCCGGCAGCAAAGCAGUAUUUCCUGUAAUUAAUCCGGCGGAUGACAAAGUUAUUACCGAGGUUCCUGAUAUGGAAGCUGCAGAUGCUAAAGCAGCUGUUGAUGCUGCUUCAAGCGCUUUUAAAACUUGGAAAGAUACAACUGCAAAAGAAAGAUCUUAUAUAUUAAGAAAAUGGUAUGAUAUGUGUGCCAAAAAUACAGAUCACCUUGCACAAAUUAUAACUGCUGAAUCAGGAAAGCCAUUAGCUGAAUCUAAAGGAGAAAUAGUUUAUGGCAAUUCAUUUCUAGAAUGGUUUGCAGAUACUGCCCGUCACAUUAACGGUGAAGUUAUUCCAAGCCCUUGGCCUAAUAAGACAAUAAUGUUGACAAGGCAGCCAUUAGGUGUAGUGUCGGUUAUAACACCAUGGAACUUUCCGUUUGCAAUGAUCACUCGAAAGGUUGGUGCUUUAAUGGCAGCAGGAUGUACAUGUGUUAUUAAACCAGCUGAGGACACACCCUUGACAGCUCUAGCUGCGGCUCAAUUAGCAGAGGAAGCUGGAGUACCCAAAGGUGUUAUCAACGUUGUUACGUCAAGUAGAAAAAAUGCUCCUGCUAUAGGAAAAGUUCUGUGCGAGGAUCCUAAUGUGGGAUGCAUAUCUUUUACUGGUUCAACGCAUGUUGGUAAAAUACUAUAUGGAAUGGCAUCUAAAGGAAUCAAGAGAGUUAGCCUCGAGCUAGGUGGCAAUGCCCCAUUUAUCGUUUUCCCCAGUGCUGACAUUGAACAUGCAGCAGAACAUGCUAUGCUUGCUAAAUUUAGAAAUAAUGGACAAGCAUGUGUCGGUGCCAAUCGAUUUUUAAUACACAAAGAUGUUUUUGAUACAUUUGUGCAGGCUUUUAAGAAAAGAAUUGCCAAAGGGUGUAUAAUGGGUCCUGGUACCAAAGAAGGUGUGACUUGUGGACCUUUAAUUAACACAGAACAAGCUAAAAAGGUAACGGGACUAGUAGACGAUGCACUGUCAAAAGGUGCUAAGGCACUUAUUGGUGGUAAACCUGCAGUUGAAAUAGGAAGUAAAUUUUAUGAGUCCACUAUCCUAACUGAUGUUAAGCCAGAGAUGAAAAUAUAUGCAGAAGAAAUUUUUGGCCCAGUAGCAGUAUGCCAUAAGUUUGAAACGGAGCAAGAGGUGGUCGCAAUUGCCAAUAGCACUAGAAGCGGCCUUGGGUCUUAUGUGUUCACAAAAGAUCUCGGUCAAGCAUUCAGAAUGUCUCGUCAGUUAGAUUUUGGUAUGGUCGCUAUCAACGAUGGAAUAUUGUCCGCUGCUGAGCCUGCUUUUGGAGGUAUUAAGGAGUCGGGAAUAGGCAGAGAGGGCAGCAAACAUGGUGUCGAAGAAUACACAGACAUAAAAUAUACUCUGUUUUCAGCUUUGGACAAAUAGAGGAAGUUUUAUCAUCACU